AUGUCUGGACCUCGAGACAUCGAAGCGGUCAGCCCACGACACCGCAGAGCUUCUACCCCGAGGCCAAGGCAACAGGAAGUGGUACAUUCCGCUUCUUCUCUUACUCUCAGGUCCACGGUCGUCGGCAUCAUAGUUGGCAUUUUAAUAUGCCUCUCCAACACGUAUUUCGGUCUUCGCACUGGUUUCCUGGCCAUCAUGAGCCUGCCUUCAACCAUAUUGGGCUUUGCCUUCUUCAAAACGAUCCAAGACCAUUUGGCAUUUCCAUUUACUCCCCAAGAACAUGCGACAAUGGUUGUUAUUGCGAGCUCAUUGGGCUUGAUGCCUUUCACAAUCGGAUCUGUCGGAAUUUUACCAGCCAUGGAGUUUCUCACAAACGAAUCAGAAAAUGGCCCUUUCCACCUUGAUUGGGCUCAACUCUGUGUUUGGUCCAUUGGUGUCAGCAUCCUGGGUGUUGCUGUGACUCUACCAUUGCGGAAACGGUUUCUUGUCCAAGAGCCUUUGCCAUUCCCAUUUGGAACAUCGUCGGCAGCCAUGAUUGGAUCGCUGCACCGGGAUGCUGACAUUGCACAUCGAAUUCUCCGCGCUCAGAAUGAUUUGGAAAGUGUCAACGACAAGCAAAAGCAAUCAAUUGUAGAAGACUCAGUUGACACUGACGAUAGCCUCCUACAACAUGGUUGGAGUCAGAAUAACAAACUCAUUCUCAUCACUUUCUUGUUCGCGGCACUUUACUCUCUCACUGCAUAUUUUGUUCCACAAAUACGAACCAUGAAUAUCUUCGGCAAUUAUCUUGCUCAAGAAUGGCUCUUUUCUCUUUCAACAUCCCCUGGCUAUGUCUCUAUCGGCUUGAUUGUACCUCCAAUCACUACCCUUUGGAUCGUCGUUGGAUGCUUGAUUGGAUGGGGAAUACUUUCACCUCUAUCCAGACUCAACGGAUGGGCCCCGGGCUCUGUCUCCGACUGGGAAACAGGUUCAAGAGGUUGGAUCAUGUGGAUUGCAGUUGCACUGAUUUUAGGCGAUACGGCCGUCACUCUUUCGACAAUGCUUCUACGUUCCUUCAAUGUCUACGCUAUAUCAAAUCUAGUGGAACUUUCGACAUAUUGGAAAGGAAAUCACCACCUUGAUGACGAAGAGGAUACACAGCCUCUUAUCAGAGGCCCAUUACGGCCUGAAAUAUCGCCUCAAGUUGGGUCUCUAGAUUAUCGGGACGACAAAUUAACGACCAAAGUCUAUCUGGUCUGGAUACUAACCGGCCUGCUUUUAUGCUUCGCUUCUAUGGUCGUACUUUUUGGUUCUUCAGUCCCCAUACUAGCCUUACUACUGGCGGUAUUCACAAUUUUACCGCUAAGUCAUGUUAACAUUCGCUGUUACGGAGAAACGGGAACUGGCGGGGCGGCCUAUAUUGCCAAAAUCCCGCAAUUUCUGUUCGCCUUCCUGAUACCUUCAGCAAACCCAAACGCCAUUUUACUCAGCUUAGCCGUUGCUGGUGUUGUUGAAGCUAGUGUAUGGCAAGCGGCAGAGAUGAUGGACGAGUUCAAAAUGGGACAUCUUGUCAAUGCGCCACCGAUGUCUCUUUUUUAUGGCCAACUGAUCGGGUCACUGGUGGGAUCCGCUAUAUCGAUGCUGGUUUACCGACUUUACACCAACAUACUCAGCUUUCCGUCUAAAGACUUUCCUAUGCCAUCGGCGCACAUCUUAAUAUCAACAGCUCGGCUCGUAUAUGGCCGAGGCAUGCCGCCUGGGCUACUUGAAUUUGGCGUAGUUGCGUCAGCUUUGGGUGCCAUAUUUAAGAUUUUGAAAGAUUGCAAGCGUCUCAGUCGCUGGUCCACUUGCAUACCGUCUAGUGUUGCAUUAGCUGCAGGCAUGUACAUUAUGCCUGAAAUGAUAUUGGCACAAGGGAUUGGCGGUUUGAUUCACUAUCAUAUUCUUCGUCACUGGGGUCGAGAGAAGGAAUCACGCCUUAUUUCCACGGCUACGGGCUUCAUACUCGGCGAAGGCUUGUUCAGCUUAGUGACAAUGCUCCUGCAGAGCAUCGACGUACCACAUUUAUGA